AUGGCGUCGACGGAGUCAACAGCUGAUCUUGAGGAUCAGGAAAAUGUUGGUUUCGUGCCGCAGACUGAUGGCCGAGCAUCGUCACAUGGAGGUUACCAAUACCAGCCGCUUGGAGAGAGUGCCGGUGAGGUUACGACAGCCUUGACUCCACCUUGCGCUUCCUGGAGUGGCUUCGUUUUUGGUUGUCUUUUCGGCGGAGCUGUCGCAGCAUGCCUGCUCUGGUACAGUCAAAGCCCUCCGUCGACAUCCGCAGCUGCUUGCCGCGGCGCAGGCUGCGAACAUUUCGACUGCAGCAAGGAUGCAGACGAUUGGGUCGCGCGGUGGUCGGACCGAAAGAAGCUCUUUUGCUGUGGAAUGUCAUGCCUUUCGCUUGAAGCGAAGGAGCGGGCGUCCGAUGGCCAUGUUGGGCGGCUAGCCCUGCCUAGUGCAGCUGCAUCCAUGGCAACCGCAAGUUCCAGGACCGUCUUCACAAGCACGGCUGUGCCCCAUCCAUUGCUUGCAAAUCCAAUUCCAACCACAACGACCACGACCACAACGACCACGACCACAAUGCUCACCCGCACCACCACAUUCACUACAACGAUCACCCGCACAUCUACCACCAGCCUAUCUACAACCAGCACAUCCACCAUUCACAAACGGCAGGGGCUGUCGCUGCCUGACCCAGUGAGUAUUCCAGAAGAUUCCUCAUCUCACAUGCUGAAGCAGCAAAUCCAGAAGCCGCUGGGGCUGCUGAAAGGCAUCAGCUACUGCCCGGUGCCCACAAGAAGCGUGCAGUCGCUGUCAUUCGACGACUGGUUUUCGAGCAGCUCAAAGCCUUUGUGGGGUCCUUCUGGGCGCGGGGAUCUGCGCAUCAUGCGAUCUCUAGGUGCAAAUGCUGUUCGGCUCUACGGAAACGACCCGGAGCUCAACCACCAGGACUUCCUUGACGAAGCGCAUCGGCGCAACCUCAAGGUCAUCCCUGGGAUGAGCGACUACCCUUACUCUCAGGACCCGGAGAACAGCUGUGUGGCAUCUGCGUACAACUGCUUCAGCCAGAUCAAGAAGCAGUAUGUGCAGAUCUUGAAGGGGGGCUUCCUCAUUGAGAAGCAAUACCACCCAGCUUUGCUCUACUUUAUUUUGAUAAACGAGCCAGACCUCAAGACGCCGCAGACGGCAAAUAGCGUGCCACAGGAUGCAAACAAGCUGGCCAAAGCUAUUGUCAGCGCCUUCGAUGCAGUCCUGGAUGCGGAGCUGGAGGCUGGACUGGAGGGACCCGUGAUCAACUUCACAGCCACGUUCUCCUAUGCCAUUUGCAGCGCAUGUGCUUCAGAGAUACCAGCAUUGGGGCAGAUGCUACUCAUCGAGGAUGCCAUGAAGCACCCGGAGAAGUAUGGCUACGAGCCCAAGCAUGAUCUCUAUUUGGCGUAUCGCCGAAGGUGGAUCAACAGCUUCAACACUGCAAAUGGUGCAGCUGACCUGCAGGACAACUUCUUCGAACACUAUGUUAGGUCCUUCACGGGGACUCCGAUUUUCAUCGGCGAAUACCACCAGCCGGGCGAGCCUGUGCUGCAGCAAGUCAAGGAUAUUUUGCAGUUGGCUCACAAAUUCCCGCUCUUUCUCGGCAUCUCCUUCUUCGAGUAUCAGGUGGCCUACUGGAAGGGAGGCUCAGAAAUGGCCUUCGGCCUGUUUGACCUGGGCGGCUUUCCCAUUAGCACUGUGCACUACUUGGACGGAAUGAAUUACACCGUCUGGUGCUUGCAGCCGGCGAUGCUUGGCAGCUCGCUGCCUGAGGCACUUGCGCAGGCCUAUGGCGGAGUCGCCCCAGAUGUGCCGGAGCUGUGCUUGCCGCAGCCGGAGUCGGUGCCCCUGUCCACUUUGGGCUACAACCUCAUCGUGGCAAUGCAAAGCGUGAGCAAACUUAAAUAUUUUCUGCGGCGCUUGGUGGCGCACCUUGGUGGCGAUGUCAUCGAGGAAGAUGGCUUUACCUCCUUUGCCAUCGCGUAUAUGCACGGCACAGGACCUGGAUAUCAGUUUGAAGAUGUGGUGAAGGACUUGCAGGACUCGCACCAGCCGCCCCCUUGGUUGGAGCUCAGUCAAGUUGCACGCUGCGUGGCUGACCGAAAUGCCACGACGAAGCAAAUCGAGGCUGCCGUGCGCUGGGGCUGCAAGCACCUGCCUGCGGGCGUCAGUUGCGACAAAAUGGGCAGCUGCAAUGCCAGCCACCUAUGCCGGGGUGAUUGGGUUUUCAGUCGAUAUUAUCAGCACAUCGAUGAAAAGGUCGACCCUUUGGCGCAAUGCAACUUCGGUGGCGCAGCAAUCUACGCGAGCCCCAAGCUCUACCACCAAUUGGCCUCGGAGUGCGUGCUUCCGUGCUUCAGCGCAGAUGUGUGCUGCUGGGGCAACCACUCGGCCUGCUGGCAGAAUGGGCAGAGCUACGCCGCCUGCUGCGGGGACUUCGAGGUUCAAGACCUUCGCGAAGGUCUGGCAACCUUGGGAUAUGAGGAGCUGGAUGCCGCCGCAGUCGCUCAGGCUGCGCUGCCACUGAGUGCAGGCAUGGACGGUCUUGACUUUGCGAUUGGCGGGGUCAUGUCUGAGCUGGCGGUCGAAUGCACGUCUCCGCUCGCCUUCUUCCAGCGCGCUGCGCCGGCUGCUGCAGCUGCUUCCAGGGCCGCCGCGCAUGCAGCACCCGAUGAGGGCGUGGUGCUGUUCAUCAUGUCGGCACCUGGCCAUUUUGCACGAAGGCAAGCGCUACGGCAGUCACAGAUGACUGCUUGGGAUGGCUGCGAGGAGGUAAGGUAUUCCUUCGUGAUGUGUGCGCCAGACGAGCUGCACUCAGCGCGGAUCCCUGGCCUGGCCUCGCAGCUGUCAGAGGAGCAGCAGACCUUCGCGGACCUGCUGGUCCUUCCCUGGCUGGAGGAUGUGUAUUGGGGCUGGCAGCACGCGGCCAAAACCUUUCUGGCGCUGCUGGCUGUUCUCAUGCGACGCCCACAGGCGAGACACUUCGCCUGUCUCCACGACGACGUAUAUGUGCACUUGCCACGGCUGGUGGAGCUGCUGAAGGGGCAGAGAGGCGAGGGCUUGUACCUGGGCAACGCCUACACUGGCCAUGACUUUGUCGGGCACAGCAGCGAGGACGGUGCACAGUACGAGGCGAUGCACGGGCACCGGAAAAUGCCGGUGGUGAUGAAGGGCGGCCUUUGGGUGUUGGACCGCGUGCUUUCGCGCUGGGUGGCAACUGCCAUGAGCGGCCCAGCUGCUGUGGUUCCGUGGCGCCUUUGGCCUUCGGACGAUGACUCGGUGGGCCUAGUCUUUGGGGAGCUGCAGAUCCAUCGCCAGCAUUCUCUACGCCAUGGGCGGGAGUGGUUUGACUGGCGGCUUGGGGAUCACUGCGACGGUGAACACCUUGUGGUGGCCCACGACCUGAAGACGCCUCGAGAGCUGUUUGAGAUGUGGGUCAGGCAGCUGGCCUUUGGUGAUCCUUGCCAUGGCUCAUCACCAGGGUUGGUGAGAGAGACCUCCAGGCCAGAAGACUUUGUCAGCUGA